AUAAUGGAUAAGCCAGAUCAAUACCUAAGCCCCCAACCAAUCCAGCCGGGGAUGAACCCUAUCAAUAUGGGCGAUAUCGACCAAGUUGUCAGAACUUUAUUAAGCCUCUCACCAGAGAUAACCGAUCAUGAGAACACCCUGGAAUCUGCCAGGCUAACAAGAGCAAAGGUGUUUUACCAAAUUUUCCAAUUUCUUAUUCACACCAAAGGAGUUCAGUCCUUGAAUUCCAGCCAGUAUUUCACUUUUGAAGAAAUCAUGAAUGAGAUGUACCAAAACCUUCAGUCCCACAAUUGGGAAAUUCUGUGGGAGACUAUCAAAAUUGUGGAGCUGCUCGCUACCAAUGGAGCCUUGAUUGCUUUCUGGGAUAGCUUAACCCAAAUUAUGCCGAAAAUACUUGAGGAUGUACUUAAUCUCACUCAUUUCUGAUCGGCCUUUCUUAAAAACGAGAGUGCCUACAAUCUAAAAAUGGCCAAAGAGAUAUCAAAAACAAAUGAAAAGCUAUCCAAAGUUAUCAUCUCACUGCAAUCCUGUCCGUAUGCUGCCAUGCUGUUCAGCCUGAUCCGAGUGAUCGACAUCAGCGAGACUCUGGAUGUAAGCCUGAAUACCCUCAACGAAGACUUAUUGUCAAAGUUACUCUCAGUAUGAAAGACUCGUAAAGAUGCCAAAACGCAAAGGGAGUGACUCAGGGCUUUGACCAAGCUAUCCAGCACUUCCCUUAUGCUUCAUAACCAAAACCCUGAAGUAUCAAUGCCUCUGAGUAAGAAAAGAGUGUUGUCUCAGAUCCUAAACUACCUCUAUUCUAGUAUGGCUGAACCAGAUUGGAACGAGACCAUUAAGAAUGAUACAAAUUUUGAAAGUUUCAAAAAUAUGAUGGACCAAGUGAGUGAAACUUCCUCAGUCCGCCAUGAAUACAUCCCAGGGUCAACUACUAACUCGAUAAUUUCAAACUCUAGGCGAAGUCCUAAAUUAAGAAGCGAAAUAGAUUCUCUCAAGUUUGAUUUGGAUGAAGAAGAGACAGUCCCUCGAGAUCGGAAAAAUAGCAAGCUAUCCUCUCGAAAGGCUUGCCGAAGCGUCCGCAGGGAAUCGUCGAAAAUUAAUGACGCUCGAGCAGUAUCAAAAGGGUAUAUUUCACAGCAUGAAAAUUCCAAAAUGCGUGAAAAUCUGAAUAUCACAACUCCUCUCUCAGUACCUAUGGGCAGCAUCUCUCGACCAGACUCAACAGAGUACCAGCACCAUAACUCAGCUAUGAAUAAAUCUGGAUUCAGUAACCUCCAGUACCAGAUUAACAAGCAAAGAAAAAUCGUGCCUCAAAGCCCAAUUCCCGCUUCUAAGAAGAGGAUCACUCCAAUCACCGAGACUGAAAACUUCACUGAUAUCUCAAAUGUCCGACCUAGGUCGGAUCUUCCGCCUUUGGAGAUCAAGAGUAAAAUAAAUUUUGACAUCCCUGGUACGAUUCCUACCUCAAAGAGCAAGGAAAUGACCAGAGCUCAAAAUCACACUACUGCGUAUUUAUAUUCGAAGAUUUCCAACAAACCAAAAGUUAAGAAGUCGAAUAUUAUCCAAAACACUGAAGAACCGGUUAAUUGUUCUGAAUUCAGAAGAGGGUCAGAGAAGGUUUCAUUGCAGCACAAGUCAACAGCGUCCAGUCUGAUCGCUGCUCUUGGACAACGAAAGGUGAAAAUUCCUUAUCCAAUCAAGAAGAGUGCACUUAAGAGGAACUUCAAGGAGAUCCUUGAUGCCAGCCCUCGUGUCUCGACUGAGAACUUUGACCAGAAGCAAUCUAGUGUACCCAUUACGAAAGAAAAGUCAUAAAAACUACAAAUGUUCAUAAAUAACUCCUUAAAUAUAACUAUUCAAU